AUUAGUUUGCUACAGUCAAUUCAGGAAAUUGCCUGCAUUGGCGCAUUUGGCCUCUUUACACGGACAUCCAUGUAUCUGUAUGAAAAAUUAACUGGAGAGACAUGUAUGCAGUGACUUCAAAGAAUGCAUCUUCCUGACAUCUUGAACAAGGUCAAAAGCCACAUUCGUAUUGGGCAAAAUUUGGUAAAAUGUUACAAGUGCUUACGAACAUUCUGUCACAUUUAUUUUUCUGUGCAUCUGCACGUGGAUUUCUCACAAGAUGUGAAAGUCUUUCUUUUGUCACUUCAAAUUUACAUUGGUAUAUCUUCUCCGAAUCUCACAAAGGUGCCCUUCAAUUAUCCAUAAAUCUGACACUGCAUGUGGCUUCAGGGAAGCGCGACAUUUUCAAACAUUUCUCCAAACAUUUCCCUAAGUGCAUAUGCAUGGAAAACAGCGGAGGUCAUAUGCCCUGACCCAUUCCACAUAAAGCAGACGUUUUACAUUAUACUGUCUGUACUCCCCAUGGGGCUCGCGUGUUACAUAAAACGGACAAAGUAAUGCUUCGGUGACCUAUUUCUAAAUAUUUGGCAUUUUCCGAUAGUCAAGGAAUAUCAGGAAAUCAGACAACUUGGUCAUAUGGAUGACAUGCUUGAUUUGAAUGUAGCAUUCAUGUUUAUCUUUUGUGACAGAUUCCAUAGGUUCAGAUAUCAAUUGUUUGUCGUAUCUUUUAUUGUAAUUCUGCAUUUCUACUUCCUUAAUUCUAACCAGUAUGGUAUGAUUUUGUCGUCUUGAUAGAUGGCUCUACCAGUGAGUUAGAUAGAACUAUGCAGUAUUUGGUGGAUGCUUGUCGUUCAGGAGCCAAUGUGUGUCUAGUCUGUAUUGGUAAAAUCAAACGGUUGGAUGCUAUAUGGAGUUGCUGCAAGUGCUUUUGUAUCCUUCAUCUGUCUUGUGUCCAGAAAUGGGCAAAAGAGGGCGCCCUUCAGAACAAUAUGAUGUUAGAGGAUGAUGCUGCAGUGACUAACAGCUCUAUGUGGUCAUGCCCCAAGUGUCGCUAUGAGAGUCCAUCUUCAGCUAUUCCUAAACGUUACACCUGUUACUGUGGCAAGGUCAUUGACCCUCCAUUUCAUCCUUGGCUUAGUCCACAUUCAUGUGGAGAGAUGUGUGCGAAGCCUCUUCAACCACAGUGUGGCCAUAAAUGCCUCUUGCUGUGCCAUCCAGGUCCAUGUCCACCGUGUCCCAAGACAGUUCGCUCCCCAUGUCACUGUGGACGUCAAACCCCUCAACAACGACGAUGUAGCAGCAAGGCCUGGUCAUGUGGUCAGCCCUGUAGCAAGAUAUUAUCAUGUGGACAACAUCAGUGUCUGCAACCAUGCCAUGCUGGUGCAUGUGAUCCAUGUCCCAGGAACAGCAAGCAAUCUUGUUUAUGUGGUAAAAUGAAGACUACAAGGCAAUGUGCAUCGCCACAGUGGCAAUGUGACAGCAUCUGCGGCCGUCAAUUAUCCUGUGGAUAUCACACCUGUCAGCAGGUGUGUCACUCUGGACCAUGUGGAGAUUGUCCUAAUGCUGGAAAGAGACAGUGUCCAUGUGGUAAAACAAGUUUUGAGCUGCCAUGUACUGAGACUAUCCCCACCUGUGGUGAUACAUGUGACAAGCUUCUACAAUGUGGACUUCAUAAAUGUACAAGACGAUGUCAUACAGGUCCCUGUGAAAUAUGUCGUCAAUUCAGUGUAAAGAAAUGCCGUUGUGGUCAGCGAGAGAAGUCCGUACAAUGUCACAAGGAGUAUCUCUGUGAUUUAAAAUGUCAGAAAAUGAGGGAUUGUAAGCGGCAUCAGUGUAAACGAAAGUGUUGUGAUGGAUCAUGUCCUCCUUGUGAACAGCCAUGUGGUCGACAACUUCCAUGCCGAAACCAUAAGUGUCCUUCUCAGUGUCAUCCAGGUCUAUGUUACCCAUGCCAAGAGACGCAUUACAUCAAAUGUUUCUGUGGCUCAACAUCCAUUAGUGUACCAUGUGGUCGAGAGAAAGUAACUAAACCGCCAAAAUGUAACAAACCCUGCAAAAUCCCCCCUGAUUGUCACCAUGCUGUCCGUGACCGUCAUCGAUGUCAUUUUCAGCGCUGUCCACCAUGUCAACAGAUUUGUGGUAAAUCCUUACCUCACUGCAAUCAUCGUUGCCCAUGGCAGUGUCAUAGUGCAGUACUCGUCAAACAAAUUGAGAACAAGGGUGCAAGGACGGCACCAUGGGAACCUCUGCCUAAAUCUCACCUGACUGUCAUGGAUAAACCAUGCCCACCAUGUCAAGUACCGAUACCCACUGAGUGUUUGGGAAAACAUGAGGUACAAGAUCUACCGUGUACCUUUGCUCGUCCAUUUUCAUGUAAGAAGAAGUGUGGACGAUUGUUAGCUUGUGGAAAUCAUUAUUGUGCGUUGGAAUGUCACAUCGUUACUGGAGCCGAGGAUGAAACCAAGGUAUAUUUUGGUACUCAAUGUCAACAGUGUGAUGAGGGUUGCAGUAAGCCAAGACCUAUAGGCUGCCCUCAUACGUGUACCAAACCAUGCCAUCCAGAACCGUGUCCACCAUGUAAGCAGAGUGUUCGACAACGAUGUCAUUGUACCAUGAUGCUGUUACACAUUGAAUGCUGCAAAUGGACGUCUGCUGGUAAUGAUGAAAAGGCUAGACUGGCAUCCUGUCAAGGUGCUUGUACCAAGCUUCUAUCAUGCUCUCAUCUAUGCAGUAAAACCUGUCAUCAAGGAGAUUGCUCCACACCUGAAGAAUGUUCUCACAAAGUAGCCGUCAGAUGUCUAUGUAAAAGAAGGAAGAAGGAUUUUCCUUGCAAAGAUGUGAAGGGAGGUCAAGUCAAGGUCGAGUGUGAUGCUUCUUGCAAGCAAGCAAUAGCCAAACAAGAGAAGAAGAAAGAAGAGGAGAAACUUCAGAAAGAAGAGCAGGAUAAGGCGAGGCAGCAGAGAGACCUGGAGGAAUACGAACGUUUAACGAAAGGCAAGAAACGUCGAGAGCGACGGAGAAAGGAAGACAUUGUGCAUCCAAGCUUCUGGCAAAAACACAAGAAACUUAUUCUGGUGUCACUUCCAGUUACCAUUGUUGCAGCUGUUCUACUCUAUGGUUUGUUGUGGGAUUAAGUACAUUCCAGAUCAAAGAUUUUCAAGCACAGAUGUUGUAUCUUAAUUAUUUGGUCAAACGGUAUUGGUAUUUAUGGUGGUGGUUUUCUGCUUUUUCUCCGUUCGCAAGCAUCAGUUUCAUGAAGUCAGUCUGCUAAGUUCAGACCCUUUGGGUCCAGGCAGCUCCACUUUCCACCAAAAGAAAUUUCAAAUUAUCCAAGACCAAAGUUGCAGUAAACAUUUCAUAAAUUACCGUGGGCACUGCACAAAAUAACAGAGCCAUAGCCGAGUUGUGGAAGACCUACCAGUGAAUGGACAACAGUAACAUGUUGCCUUCACAGCCAGGUGGAACAGCGCCCUCUAUAGAUAUAGUUAUAUUAAGAGCAAAACAGUAAUGGUGGCAGUAAGAUAACCAAGAAUGGAUAGGAUUGUUUUUUUUCUUUUGGAGAAAUGGUUUGGAACCUGUACAUCUUGGCCGAGAUGAAUUUAGAUCUUAAG